AUGACUGAAGUUGAUCAGUCUAUUCUGAAUGAUGUUGAUAUGUAUCAUGAUGGAAAUGAUACUAGUAAUGAAGAUGAAUAUGUUAGCAAUUCAGAUAAUGAAAAGAGCUCAUGUAAUUUUGAGAAUAGUGAGGGUGAAGCUCACAUUUACAACAGCAGCCAAAUCAGUACAAAUACUUUUACCAAGGCCGAUUUUAUGAGUAUUCAUCUGUCUCAAUUGAUGCUACAGCAUAGAAUUGCUAGAGCAGCAUACAGAGACAAACCUGGCGCUAAGAUCAGUCACAGCAAAACUGUUGAUGUUUUUCUGAAGUCAAAGUCAAGAGUCAAGGGUCAUGAGUAUGAUGUCUGUCCUAGUGGUUGCCAAUUGUAUGGCAUUAAUGACGACCAGGAAUCUUGUGUCGACUGUGACAAACUAUGA